UUAAAACGUUAUGCCGGGUUGCGACCAUGACUAGUUUCAACCUCUGUGCAUGGAGAAAUGAAUGGCCAUGAUAGGAACAUGUUUUGGCAGGGCCACAGACCACAAUCAACAUCUAUGAUCUUCCUCUCCCUUGUCCUGUUUACUCUCAUUAAGUUAGUAAACACAAGCGUCCCAUGCAGUGAGAGCUGCAGUAAAACUAUUCACAAAGGUGUAAAGCUCAGCAAGUUUAUGAAGAGGAACACAGCGGAUCUAAUAAAGGCAUAUCAAACCAUCCAGGGAGACUUUGCGGAGCAGUUCUGCAAAAUGCAGAUAGACAACGUUCCAGCAUUGAGCCUCUCAGGACAAACUCCAGCUGAUCGCAUAUUGAAUGUUUACACACGUCUAAAGGAGUUCCAGCCUCACAUCAGGAAAGUUCUGGAGCAGCAGACAGACUUGCUGCCUCCUCAGAGCCCUUUGCUUAAAAGCCUGGAAGACACUUUGCAACAGACUGACCACCUCGCCCACAAGGUGAACUGCAUUCUGCAGAUCUUGCAGCCUAAUAUUCCCAUACCUGAGCCAGCAGCUGGACCCACCGGGAUUCCCCUGCCUCAGAAUGUGUUUCAGCAGAAGAUCUACGGGUGUGUCGUCCUGACUCGACUCAAUAAUUUUCUCUGGAUUACUGUCAACGAACUGAGGUCAAUCAAGGGUAGCAUGUGUAUAAAAAAAAGGAACUUUGUUGAUGUCACAGAACUAGUGGACAAUGAUUUAAAAUGAUUCAUCUUUGAGGUUUGACUUGUAUAUUUAUUAUUUAUUUAUUUUGACAUAAAGUAAAUGAAAAUUAAGGGACAUACAUUUGAUUGUUUUAUUUGCAGAAGUAUUUAUUAUAUUAAUUUAUUGCUAUGUCAUAAUUAAUUAAUGUAUUAUAAUAAUGCACAUCUGUUCUGAAAUGACUGUAACUUAUACCUGUUGCUUUUUAAACAAAUCUCGGCACUGAAUGAAAAUCCUAUUUUUUUACUUAUUAAGAGGUGACUGCAGGUCUGAGAAUUUAACUAACCUAAUGGUCAAACUUCAUCAAACCUGACAUCUUAGCUGUGUCAUACAAUGUUAUUCUUCUGUAGACAGACAUAUCAAAUGCAGCAUUGCAGUUUGACCCAGAUUAAGAUUUCUGUCCACUGGGAUCAUAAGUAUUGUCUUAGAUGAUGAUAUUCGACUGCUCAGGAAUCCAUAAAGAUUGUGAUGUGGGCCAUAUUGGCUUUGGGAUGUGCUUGAACAAAGUGGUGGCUAUUGCUGGUGCUUUUGGGCUGCUGUCUGAGACAUGUGUUGAAACAGGUUCAGUAGACAGGAAGUGAAAGAGACUGUGAUAUCAGCCCUUAAUGACGCAUUCAGCUAAACACAUCAGAUAGGAAAGAAAAAACACUGACUAGCCGUCGCCCCUGUCACAAGACGGGUGUCUGUGUGUGUGUGUGUGUGUAGUUUAUCCUUUAACCUUGUGUGCAUCAUGAAUUCCAAAAGUAUACCACACUGCUGGACAAAUCCAUUCCUGUCAAGGCUGUAAUCUCACCUUACAAAUCUGUGCUUUCUAGGUAUCUUGUGUCAACAUGCCUAUUCUGCAUGGUGCUUAAAGGGACAGAUAUAUAGGAAGUGGCACCCAAAUAUAAUACCCUUUUCCCCAGUCACAUGAUUGUAGAAAUAGAGUCUGGGAUACAGUACAUAUUUGUUUAAGUCUGAAGUUCCUUGUUGAGAUCCUUGUGCUAUGCCAAGCUCAGCAGUUCUGACAUAGAGGUCAGUAACUUUGUAUCGAAUAUUAAAAUGCAUAUUUUUGAACCACAAUAAAAAAUAAAAGUUUUAGUAAAUUACAAACUAA